AUGGAUGUGUUGCGACAACUGCAACAUCUUCAACGAGUUCAAGACAUCAACUACGACCGUGCAAAGCGACUGGCACACUGGCAUGGGUCAGUUCAUGACAGUAGAAUAUUUGACAACAGUUUACUAAAGCAGAAGUUUGAAGAUGGAGAUAUAGAUGGAUUAUUGAUUGGUGAUUCGGGAUAUCCCUGUUUGCCUUACCUAAUGACACCUCUGCUCAAUCCAAGAGAUGCUGCCGACAAUAGAUACAACCGAGCUCUAUGUUCAACAAGAAACUUAGUGGAAUGCAUGUUUGGGAUUUGGAAACGCAGGUUUCCUUGUCUAACAUACACUCUCCGCUUCAAGGACAUAUGUACAUCUCUAGCAGUGAUCGUAGCCACAGCGGUGUUGCAUAACAUUGCUGUCGCUGAAAGGGAACCUAAUUUUAAUGAUGACCUUGAUGAUCUACAGCCUCCACUUAGGAUCAGUGGGGUACAAAAUGGUCGUGGCAAUGCUGUCAGAAGGGCUAUGAUUCAGCAAUAUUUUUCUUAA